AUGUUCCCCGCGCGUAACGAUAUUCGCAGCAAAAAGAAGCCGCCUACGCCUUGUCGGCCCUGUGGAAGUCCCUUCCAUUGGAAUCGGGACUGCCCGCACUAUAAAGAGUGGAGGGAUCGUCGGGCGGCAGAGGCGCACAGCGUGGAUGUGGCGGAUAACGAGGCUGAACGGGCCUACGAGGUCGCUUACUUCCUGUCGGAGGUGCAAGCGGGUUUUGAAUGGGCGAUCGCCGAGUCCUCUAGGGAGGAGGAGGGAUGUAAGCCCCAGGAGAGCUGCGAGGGAGAAGGAGUCGCUCUAGUGAUAGAGACGCACAGCUUCGCAAACCGUAUAGAAGAGAUUCCGGAAGAGUAUUGGCACGAGGGCGAAGUUUUGUCUCCCGACUCGCCAUACCUUCUUGAGAGCAUCUACGAGAGCGAGGCCCCGCGUCUGGAGAGGACGGGAGCGCGAGAGGAGGCAUACGCGGCGGGGAAGCCGCCGGCAGAUGACGAAGUGCCCCCACAAGACCGACCGCCGGACGUCAAGGACUGGCCGAAGCCCUACGGCGCCGAAAGGGUGCGAAUCCAGUCUCGGCGAGUCCGACGUCCCCUGGGACGAGCAGCAGCCGGCACUGCGGUGUUGAGCGUCAAGGGGUACGUACUGUCGAAGAAGAAUGGGUUGAAGAAGCUGCGCGUCGAUUCGUGCGCGAGCCUAUCCCUACUGAGCGGGAAGACGUACGACGAGCUGGACAACCCGCCGAAGAUCCGCCAGGGAGCGAAGAUGCGGCUGUGGCAGCUCACCGACAAGACGGUGUCGAUACGAGGGUAUGUCCGCCUGCCGGUGCUCAUCAUCACGGACGACGGGACCCUGCUCGAGGUGGAGGUCGAGUUCUACGUGGUGGAAGGAAUGACCGUACCGCUGCUUCUGGGAGAGGACUUCCAGCAGGCCUACGAGCUGUCCGUGACUCGUAGCCUCGAAGAAGGCACGAAGAUCUCCUUCGCCAACUACCCCUACGUGAUCACCGCCGAAGGAGAGCAACGCGAUCGCGAAUUCGAGGAGGUGGAGAGGGCGAUCGACGAGGAAGAAGGCAUUAUCCGCGCGAAGGAGAAGAUACGUCUCAAGCCGGAGACCGUGGUACAAGUCGAGGUCUCCGGACCGUUCGACACUCCCGGCGAAUGGGUAGUGGAAAAGGAGCUCAUCGCGUCCACGAGCGAGAGGCCCUUCGCCAUCCCCAACACUCUCAUCUCGUCGCAGCGCCCGAUGAUCCCAGUAGCCAACACGUCCACCGUGCCGAGGUUCAUACAGAAGGGAGAAGCGCUGGGAAGAGUCCAUCGCGUUGACGAGUUCUUCGACAAGCCGAGCACCCGGGAGGAAGCGGAGGAAUUCAGUCGACACGCGGCCUUCCUAUCCACCAUGAUCGACAUUAACGCGAGGAACGGCGCGCGGGGCGCGGGCAAGACCGAAACAAGACGCAAGGCGAAAGGCAGCUUCCUGAACACUUGCGGGAGCGGGCCUUGGCGAUGCUGCAACGGAGGCAAGGAGCGUUCGCGCUGGACGGCCGGCUGGGCAAUCACCCCGCGAUGGCGAAGAUUCGAACGAAGGAGGGCGUCGAGCCGAUCGCACUGCCCAUGA